AGUGAAGUGGCUACUAUGGCCUUCCUCCGUUCCUUGGGCUGCCUAUAUCUGAGGUAUACGGAUACUCACCUACACCGAACAACGCAGCAGGGACCGAGUAUAUCUUUAUGGAAUUCGUACAAGGCACCAAUUUAAGCGACAUAUGGUUUGGUCUAGGGGAGGGAGAAAUCAUUUCAAUCUCACGCCAACUUGCUGAACUCGAGUCGAAGAUGAUGUCGAUUGCUUUCCCGGCUGGUGGAAGCCUUUACUAUGCCGAAGACCUGAAGAAUGCAGCCGGGAGCGCCUCUUGGCCUACUAGGCCGGGCAUCACACUAGAGAACAAGCGUUUCUGCGUCGGCCCAGAUACAAGUCUGCGUCUAUGGUAUGGCAGGAGAUCACAGCUCGACUUAGAUCGAGGAUCAUACGAAAGUGCCGAAGCAGUCCUCAUAAGAGGGGCCGAAAAGGAACUAGCUUAUUUACGGCGGUUUGGUCGACCGCUGUUGCCGUUCCAGCGCGUAAGGAGGGAGGCUUACAAGUACCAGGAGCAGCCACCGUCAGACCACAUCGAGAACCUGGACCGCUAUCUCCUCAUUGCGUCCUCACUCAUCCCAAGGAACCCGGCUCUCAAUCAUUUCCGCAUCCGCCAUCCUGACCUGCAGCCGAGCAAUGUCAUCGUUUCUAGGUCGCCCGACUCUAACUUGCAUGUCGUCGGCCUGAUCGACUGGCAACAUACCUCGAUCCUGCCACUGUUUCUCCUUACCGGUAUACCCCAACAGCUACAGAACUACGAUGAUAUUGGCUCGCAAUCUAUGACGCGGCCUUCGCUACCGGAGAAGUUGGAUGAAUUGGACGAAACCCAGCAAAGCGGAGAGAUGGAACUCUACCGUCGCCGCCUCGUCCAUUACCACUACGUCAAAAACACGGAGGAGUACAACGAGCUUCAUUACGCGGCGUUAACGGACCCCAUGGGCAUGCUCCGCCGCCGCCUCUUCUGCCACGCCAGUGACCCGUGGGAGGGCGAAACUCUCGCGCUGAAGGUUGCGCUGAUACAAGCAACAGAGAACUGGAAGACGCUCACGGGGGGAGGCCUGCCGUGUCCUGUCGUGUUCGACCCCGAUGACGUACGCGAGACAAUGAAGCUGGAUGCAGAACAGAGAGAAGGAGAUGAGUCUCUAGAGGGGUGCCGGGUCAUGAUCGGUUUCGGGCCUGAGGGCUGGAUGCCCGCCGAGCACUACGAAGAGGCCAUGGCACUGAGCAAGAAGCUGAAGGAGGAUGGAUUGGCGGCGGCCGAGUCGGAGGAGGAACGGGCUCAGAUUGCUGCGCACUGGCCCUUCGACGACAUGGACGAAGAUGAAUACAUGUGAUAAAUCGAGCUAGAUAUUCCGCGGUGUUGCGCCUCCGGCUCUCAUCGAGUGGCCUGACAAAGCGGAUCCACAAUGUUCUUGCAAUCGCCGAAAGAGCCAAGAACGUGUUGGAAUCGACCCAGCACUGGCCGAAAUGGAAAUGCUGCGUCGCGGUAUGCAAAGUAAGCAGUCCACCGGGGUGUGUUAGCUGUUAGCUUCUCUUGUUAGCUUGUUCUAUACCUUUCUUGCACUAUCUCGUUAUCUUGAUCACCAUCGACACCAUACUGUCACAGUACUUCUUAGCUUCUGCGCCUUGUGGCACUUCCUCUCGUCGAUCCUCCGUAGGUACAUGCAUCAUCGCGUCUCUCGUUGACACCUCAGUAUUGUCUCCUAACACUACUGAGGUGCGUAGUAUGUUCGUAUCUCACCUGUUCUCUUACUGAUGUAUCCUAGCACUCGCUUCUCGCU